AUGGCCGACAAAGCCCCUCCCUCCGUGGCAGCAAUUGCUGUUUCCUCGGUCCUUCUGGGCCUGCUGGCAGGCUACUUCAUUGGUCAAGGCAAAGGCAUCGGUGUCUUUGGCGGUCCAAGCAAUAGCAGAACGAGCUGGCCGAAUAGCUACGACGUCAAGGUCCACGCCGACUCGAGUGAUGACCAGGCUGACGAUGAGGAGGAUGAGGAGGAGGAGCAGGAGGAGGAAGAGGACGACGAAGAGGACGGUGACGGCAAAGAGCUGAAUGAUUUCAGAAAUUCUACAGAGGAAGUGAAACUGGUACUGGCUGUUAGAACGGACCUUGGAAUGGGCAAAGGUAAGAUUGCAGCUCAAUGCUCUCAUGCGACGCUCGCUUGCUACAAAUACCUCCUCAAACAUCCUACCUCGACGCCUUUGUUGAAACGCUGGGAGUGGGGAGGACAGCCCAAGAUCGCCGUUCAGGUCAAGUCUGAAGAGGAGUUGGAAACUUUACAAGCACAAGCCAUCAGUUUGGGUCUUUGUGCUAGGAUCAUCCACGAUGCAGGCAGAACGCAGAUCGCUGCUGGCAGUGCAACUGUACUAGGAGUGCUCGGUCCGAAGAGCGUUGUUGAUCAGGUUACUGGGCAUCUGAAGCUAUUGUGA